CUCAGUUUCAUCGAAUGUUCCUCACCUUCAUCGCGUCCCAGUCCUCACACUCAGUCCUCAAUAUUCUGACACUUGCUGAUAUAAAGCCUAGGUUCCACGUUGCCUAUCGCCUUUGACAGUUAUUCUCGCUUUAUCUCUCGGUUGACUGAAGUUCAGUCCUCUCGUUUUCAGUAUCGUCACGCUUUUGUUCGUCUAAUAUGGCUCCUCAGAAAUCGACCGCUCGCCCAAUCGUACUUGAUAGCUCUUCUACACGGGGAUCGAAGAUACGAGUUGCAAAGAAGAGGCACAACUUACACUACAAAUCAUCGCCAGGCCUCAAGCGUAGGAACGGAUUAUUGAAUACCGCAAUCUCAGCCCGUUCAGCGUUUAUGCAGAUGGCUUCACGGAAUUCGCAGGAAUCACUACUCUUACGACUGCCCGGAGAGAUCAGAAACAUCAUCUGGACUUACGCUGUUGGAGGCCACCUAAUCAAUAUUCGAGAUCCUUACUAUCGGAAACGCCUGUCUAUGAAAUCCGGCUAUCAUGCCUCACCGCUGUCCAUCAGCGCACAAAGCCCACUGCUUCACCAAUAUGUCAGUCCCACUUUCAAGCUUCCACAAGUGUGCAGGCAAAUUUACUGCGAGAGUUCAUCGCUCAUAUAUACCCAAAACUGCUUUGCCUUCGGGAGUCUGCGCGCGAUCGAUAACUGGAUCAAGAACCGCCCACUCGGUCAGAAACGCCUUGUCACAUCCAUUGAUGUCCCCUUUGAGUAUAUGAGGCUUUAUUAUGGCAGCCUCCGCAAAUUCUUCCGCGAAAAAUUUCCGAGCAUCAAGCGGAUUGGUGUUCACUCAAUGGUCCUUUACCUGAGCUGUGGAGUGCAUGAGAGCGAGGAGAAGACCAUGACCAGGAUUGCAGAUAACAUCAAGAUGUACGAGGGCCAAGAUAUCGAUGUGGUCUGUCAUGGUCGCAUCAAGUCUUCGUAGAUCAUUGGGGACUAUGAGGCAUUGGAGUGUCUGCAUGUAGCGAGACUGCAUGCAUUGAUGCAUUCACACAUCAUAGACAAAUUGUCUGCAACAUGGGCUUGACGGGCGAAUCCUGGGAGCGUGCAUUCUUCGAACUUCCAUCUCUUUUCAUAUGGC